AUGGCGGAUGACGAUGAAUCUUGGCGUGAUAUCGACCCACGGCCACUGUUUACCGCCGCCAUGCUUCGGGCGGGUCCUAGAAUCAAGCGCAUCAAGCUCGAUCCGGGCAUCAAAGAUGAGCCUGACAUCAAAGCCCAAGACGUGAAGUCCGAGCGGACCCCCGAACCCUCCAGCCCUCCCUCAUCUGAAGCUUCCUACCCCCCUUCACCCGACGCUUCUUGCCCCCCUUCGCCUGCGGACUCCUGCUCUUCUCCACCACCUGAAGCCUCCUGUCCUUCUCCCCCCGAAGCCUCUCGCGCUUCUUCCCUCGAGGCCGCAGAGGUCGAGCACGGUGAGGCAGAGGAAGAGGAGGAGGAUGACGAAGAGGGAGAGGAGGAGGACGAAGAGGAAGAGGGAGAAGAGGAGGACUCGUGCCCGUGUUCACCCGAGCCCUCCUGCCGCUCUCCCUCGCCCAAGCCCACAAAAGUCAUAACAGAAUUCACACGCGAGGCAGAAUGCUACAUCUGCGAGGUGCCCGCCGUCCUCAGGUAUGUCGGCGACGACAACAAAAUCAACGCCGGCCGCCCCUACCUCGUCUAUGCAAGAGGCAUAUAUGCCGAGAACCCCUUGUGUGAGUGCGAGGGCCGGGUCGCUUCCCGGCUGGAGAUCAUCUGCAAGAAGGACAAGGGAAAGUUCGGCAUGGGUUUCUGGACGUGCGCGACGGGCAGGUGUGAUUACUACUCGGAGAACCCCCGUGGAGAGCCUGGCGUGAGGUUUUAUGGUGGCUUCUAUCCGCGGUUGUCUGACGGUAACAAGAGGAUACAUGCUGACUAG